GGAACAACAGAUCUGGUGGUUUCUAGGAUAUGAUGACAAAAGCAGUAUCUAUAAUGAAACCCCCUGCAAAGCUCUGAAUACUUAAAGCCGUCGACGUGCCCUCUAAUUUCAAAUCCUCAUCCUCACGAUCAUCUUCACAUUCCUUCCCAUAGAAGAACAUCUCUCGUCAACAAUCCACUCAACUCGAAGCUUCAAUCCUUCAACAUGCAGUUCUCAACCCUCAUCAAGUCCACCUUCGCCAUUUUGGCUCUCACCCAGACUGCCAUUGCCUGCAGCGGUAGAGAUCAGGAUUGUUGCUGGAAUGACUUCGACGGCUGUGUGAACCAGCAUGGACAGUUUGCUCAAUCGCCUUGUACCAAGCAAAGUUACCAAGACGAUUUCUGCGCAAACUUCGGCGUCAACUGCGAUGGUGCAGACUGCUGCUCUAUCAGCACUGGAAAGGGCAGAGGAUGCCCAUAG